CCGCGCCGUGCGAGCCAGCCGGCUGCCCGGGGCUGCAGGGGGCUGCAAUGACUGCCCCGCGCAGAGCCCCGCCUGGGGCCGCCCUGCAGCCGGGCACCCUCUCUCAGCAGGAAGACAACGCAUCUGGCAAAAUUUUGAGAAGGCUCAAGGCUUUAAAGAAGGCUCGUCUAAAUAAAGGAGGGUUAAAGUGACAUUGCAGUUACUUAAUCCUGUGCUUUCCUUCCAUGUGACUCGAGCAAGACUGAGGUACAGCUUUUCUUUUUCCCAGGGCACAGAUUACACUGCUCCUAGCAUCCUCCAGCAGCAGUUCUGUACAUCAGAGUAGCAAUGGAAAUUAAACAAAGCAGUGGCAAGCAUUUUACAGCAGGGCUGCAAGGUAAAGGUCAGGCAUUUCCAAAUCACAGUGAAAACCUUGCUGGCUGAAAAAUGAAUCCAAGGAAAAUUCAGCUUUUGGACUGAGCCUUGAACCAAGAAGGACUGCAUCAUAUCCUACCGAAGCUGUUCAAAGUGAUCUGAAAGCUUUUGGAUUUAUUCAAAGUAGUUAUUGAGCUACCAGUCUGAGGUGUGCCCAUCAGUGUUUUCAGGGCAGCAAACCAGAACCUGAAAGUUAAAGAAGUGUCAAAUGUAUUGCAUUUGUUUGCACUCCAUUGAAAAUGGACUCCUUGCUUUUGUAUGUGUACAGUUUACAGCUUUAAUUAGCAAGCCUUUUUUAUCUUACAGAUAAGGAUUUAAAAUUGCUCGCUGGAGAUUAAAAGCCAAUUGGCUUUUAAUUUUACUUCUGAUUUUGGAUAGAAGCAGCAGUAUAUAUAUAUAUAUAUAUAUAUGAUGGAAAAUUUGGUUUGUAAGUCAUUUCCACAUUGAUCUUUGGACCUCUGGCAAUUUUUGUUCAGGUUAUCACAAUUCUGUUAUGUCCAGGAUUGUAUUCCACUGGAACAGCUUGCUAAACCAAAUGGAAAUGUGAUCACUCUGUGGACUAUGACAACAAGCUAUAUGAAUGGCGGAGGUCUUGGAAACCACCGAUAUACCAGGUGGAAUCGUGAGGACAGCGGAGAGGACUAUGGGCGGACUGAGUGCUAUGGAGAAGAUGAGGAGGGCAGGAAGCGCAAGCUGACCCCGUUGGAGAAGCUAACCCAGGAUAUGUCCCAGGAUGAAAAGGUGGUGAAGGAAUUAACUCUGGGGAAGAGGAUUGGAUUCUAUCGAGUCAGAGGGGAAAUAGGGAGUGGGAAUUUCUCACAAGUGAAGCUUGGAAUUCAUUCUCUAACCAAAGAAAAAGUAGCAAUUAAGAUUUUGGACAAGACCAAGUUGGACCAGAAGACUCAACGCUUACUGUCCCGUGAAAUUUCCAGCAUGGAAAAACUGCACCACCCAAACAUUAUCAGACUUUACGAAGUGGUCGAAACAUUGUCAAAACUGCACCUUGUGAUGGAGUAUGCAGGAGGUGGGGAACUCUUUGUUAAAAUCAGCACAGAGGGAAAGUUAGCAGAAAUGGAAAGUAAAUUAAUUUUCUCCCAGAUUGCAUCUGCUGUGAAGCACAUGCAUGAUAACAAUAUCAUUCACCGGGACCUGAAAGCAGAAAAUGUAUUCUAUACCAGUAACACCUGUGUGAAGGUGGGAGACUUUGGAUUCAGCACAAUAAGUAAAAGAGAGGAAACUUUAAACACUUUCUGUGGGUCUCCUCCUUAUGCUGCCCCUGAGCUCUUCCGAGAUGAAAACUAUGUUGGUGUUUACGUGGACAUAUGGGCACUAGGCAUCCUUUUAUAUUUUAUGACAACUGGUACAAUGCCAUUUCGAGCGGACACAGUAGCCAAACUGAAGAAGUGCAUUCUUGAUGGGACAUAUAGCCUGCCCCCAUACCUUUCAGACACUUGCCAGAAACUGAUCAGAGGAGUUCUUCAGCCAGUCCCAACUGCACGAUACUCUAUUGAAUGUAUUAUGAAGAACGAAUGGAUGCAAGGGAUACAGUAUCCAAAAGCCUUGGACCCAUUUAAACUGGAUCCAAAGUAUUUAGCAGAGACUAGUACCCUCAAAGAGGAGGAAAUUGAAGUGAAAAAUACCUUGGAAGAUUUGGGAAUCACAGAAGAACACAUUCAAAAUAACCGUGGAAGAGAUUCUCGAAGCUCAGUAACUGGUAUCUACCGAAUUGUUUUGCACAGAGUGCAGAAGAAAAGAGCCCUGGAGACUGUUCCUAUAGUCACACAACCAGAACCCAAAGAGCAGGACUUAAAGAAAGGUCACAGUUUGCACCGUGGUAUCAGACAUACAUCCAAGUUGUGUUCAAUUUUAUGAAUUGUAUAUAGCAGACUUUACAUUCAGUACUUUAACAAGGGGUUUUAUUCAUUUCACAGUAAACUUUGAUGUUACAUUUUUGUAAUUUUUAAAUAAACCAAAACUGCCUUAAAUCUCAAAAUGUAUUAGUUCAUCCAGAGGACUGGUGUGCUCAAACAGACUUGCUUGUGUUUGCACUUUGGCCCACAGACCUCACAUGUAAAAUGGAAGAUAUAUUAAUUGAUUAACAAAUACAAGUUGUUGAAUGGAUGUUUUUUAAUAAUUGAGUAGAAUUACUCAAUAUAGUUGGGCUGAUCUUUUAGGACAGCUAUUUAUAAUAUGUGGCCACUUGCAGAAAUAUUACUUUAUUAGCCUGAUGUUAAGUCACAACAGUACAGGAAUCUAAAUGACUGCCAAUUUGCAAUGGACAAAAUCUGGUUAUUUAAAAAGACUGAUUCCUGAACAGCUGUGAAUAUUUAUUUACAAGGAAUCUAUAACUAUUUACUUAAGCUAAGACUAACAGGCAUAUAUGAGGUAUUAAAUGUUAGCACUUCAUUUUUAGCUAUUCCACCUUGACAGAUAAAGAGGCUCUAACCUUUUUUUCCCUUUCUCAUCAUUAGUCCAGGAUCAGCUUUUGAAAAAUCCAGAAAAUUGCUUCUGGUUUGUCUAGGUAUUUCUUGCUGUAAUGUAUCACAAGUUAUCCUAUAUAUAAAGUCAAACCCUAACAUGCUGCUCCACUAACUCAAAUCAAACAUUUUGCACCUUUAUUUUAGUACCACUGUGAGAAAUGCUGCUACUCCUGGGUACUGACAGCUAUGCUGCCAUCUACUGGCCUUAGUAUGGUUUGAUCCUUGUGUGAAUUAAUAAGUAAGGCUACGAUUUUGUCAUGGACAUUUUUAGUAAAGAAGUCAUGGACAGGUCAUGGGCAAUGAACAAAAAUUCACAGAAGCCGUGACCCGUCCUAGACUUUUACUAAAAACAUCCCUGACAAAAUGGGGAGGCAGGAGGGUCCACCACUCUGCCCCGCUGCAUGUAGUGGCAGGGAGCUGUGGCCCCUCACCCCUGCCCAGCGGCUAGGAGCUUGGGGACGGUCAGGGGGCGGCUGGGAGUUGAGGGAGGUCCUCCGCUGCGGCUGGGCGAGAGCGUCCCCCCGCUGGCAGCAGUGGCUGCGCUGCUGCAGGGCCCCAAUGUCACGGAGAUUGGAGAAAGUCAUGGACUCUGUGACUUCUGCUACCUCUGUGACAUACUUAUUAAUAAGACCAUGAGUAAGGAGACGAGGUAUCAAGAAUGCAGAACUACAGCACCCAGUCCUGCUCCAAAUGAAGGCCAUGGGCUAUUGCUAACAGGACCAGACUCCAAGUUUAUCUGGCUUUAGCUUCACUUAUAGAUUCAACAUUAAAUGUCCUUGAAUAGGGCAUUAAGGAAACAUACCACAAUGCAGUGCUUCAGCAGUAAAGAUCAGCACCGAAAGCUGAAACAGUUUGUUUUUGUUUUACUUUUAAUGGUCACUAGUAUCAAAAAUCAACCACCAAAUACCACAAACCAUACACAAGAGUGGGACAGCGGUUGGCUGGUUGUUUGAUUUGGGUUUUUUUUUUAUAUUCUAGUCUCUUGUAAUAGUGGUCUCCUUGCUUUAUUCACAUUGCUAUGUACCCUUUUAAGAGACAGUUGCCCUAUGCAAUCCUUGUGUGUAAGGUAGGAGACAAAGAUACCCCUACUUCCACUUAAGUCGGAAGUUCUGGGCUCCGCUCCCCCCUACUAUCAACUUAAAUACAAACUGUAAGACUGUUUCCCCAAUAGUUAUACCACUAUGAGCUGGCACAGUUAAAAUGGCUACUUUGACAGCUAGAGGUAAGCCCCUGUUAGGCCAAGGAAAAAUUGAAGUUGCACAGCUUCAGUUUGUAUUACUAACAGACAACCAGAACUUAAGUUCAAAUGCAGCUUUUCCAUCUUUACACUGGCCUGGUAGGGUUUUAAAUAGCUCUUUUCAUACAUUAAAAAUGAAGAGGGGUGGUUCAAUAUUCCUUCAUUUGCUUUUAUGUAGUAAAGAGGAGCUAGGAAAAGUAACGGGAAACUGACUGCAUCGUAGUCAUAGAUGGGUGCAGAGCAAGAGGACACUCAAGAAAAAUUAAGCUAUCAAGUCUUUCAAAAUAUUGAAGGAAAGGGGAUGGGAAUAGAAUUGUUGCAGACUACAGCUGCAUUAGAAAUGGUUUGGGUUUAAAGAACAGGCUGUACAUAAUAUUGAAAUAAACAGUCCUAAAACAUGAUUCUAAAUAUUUGUAGGUUAGAGUGUCAGCUAGACAGUCUGAUUAAUUUUCCUCUUAAUAUUCCACUAUACAACAGAAAAGGGAAGCAUUUACACCAGAACACCUGCGUAGCCUGGGUUCCCUGAUCAGUAACCUGUAUACUCUCCAGUGUUUGCUGGGUCAUUAGAUUUGUCCUAAUCCAUUUAAGAGAUGUAGUCCACAUCAGUUCAGCACUACACCAACACCGGUUUCAAAUAUCUCUGAAACUUUAUUUACAAAAGCAUCUGCUUCAGUGUUAGUGAGGAUGGCAAGUUAAUUUUUUUGUGCCAGUAGUUCUUGGCCUGUCCGUUGCCAGCAAUGGACUUUAUUCUGUGAUAAAUUUGUCUUCCGGUGACAAAUUAAGUUGCUCUUAUGAAACUAAAAACCCAAACACUUGCAAAGUAUCUUCAUGCCUCAUUUCUCCAUCACUUUCUGUAAAAGCACUUAGACCAUUUGUCCACAUCAGUUCAUAUUAAAUGAAAUUUUAGAAAGUUGACUGUA